GGGGAGCAUGUUCGACUGUAUGGAGGCUCUGGGCCUGGGUCCCCGGCCCCUCUUCGAUGUGUCCAGGCAGGGCGCCUGCAUGCUCAGCAAGCCCACGCCUUACUUCUCCAGGCUGGACCCUUUUGCCUGGGCUGGGACGGGCAGUGUUCAGUGCUGGAGGAUCAAACUUCCUACUUCUCUGCAGCUGAACGGAGAUUUUCCCAAAGAGCACCUUGAGUCUAUUUGUCUUCAGUAAUUAUUUGGAUACCAGUGCAUUAAACACUGUCAGGCUGGCGGUGCUCACUAAUGAUGAUGGAUGAGCAGUCAGGAUGACAAACACCACAGCAGGGCCUGUUUCAACUCGCUGUGGAGCUUUGCCAGAUGCCAGCCUGAAAGACAAAUGUCCACAAAUGCUCAUUAAUCAUGAGAUUUUUUUUCUUUUUCUGUUCUGUGGAUGAAAUUGAGUUCAGGUUCUCUUUUAGCUGGGAAGGUUGGGAGUCAGUCACAUCAUUAAAAAAGAUGAUGAGCAAAUAGAAACACUUAAAAGUGGGAGAAGGGUUUUAAGGAGGGUUGUGUCCCUGAAUAACCCGGUGUCCUCCAUCAUGAGUUUGUUUGGUGUCUAAAAAUUAAAUUAGUGAAAAUGGGUUAAUGCUGAUGAAAUAAUUAUCUCUGCGCUGUAAUAUCCUGAGUUUUUUUUUGUUUGUUUCAUGAAGGAAAUAUAAGACAUUAUUAACACAUAAUUAGUGUUGUUUUCUGGUUUGUUGUCAGAGAUCUUGAUAGACGUGCUCUGUUCAGGCGGCUUCAUGAACACUAAUGCUUUUAAAUCCCAGUAGUUUAAAGUGACAGUGUGUAUUUUCCCUGGCGAUGGGAUGCAGUACAUACUUAAAGCGUUUCAAGCAAGCUGUAUUUUGGUAUUCGUGUAAGACCUUACCAACGGAUGGCCAUUAGGGUCAAAAAUCCCUGGAAGCACAAAUACCAGCAAAAUGACUACAGAUCAGACUCCCUUUCAUCACUGGCAACGAGUGAAGAGGUAAACGUGUAAAACAACGUUUAUAAAUGGAGAACGUUUUUUAACAGCUUGUUACAAAUCAGUAAAUGCUUUUUGUCGGCCAGAGAUUAAGGGCUGGAAUAUAUUUGCUGUUUACCCCAUGGUGGCGCAGGCUGCAUCUUUGUUCACAUACUUGCUGCUACACGGCACAGCACUGCAUGCAGUACUGGAGUGUUCCACUAGGCUGCGCACUAGAGAACUCAGACCGGAUAGAGAGCCGGGUUUGGGGGUACAACCAAAACAAACAUGGCGUCGGUAAAAGGGCUCACUAACUGGUUGAUUUUGAGAUCACAACAGAAUUAAAGACAGCAGUGGUUUCCUUAGAUGGUGUGAAAGUCCUUUAAACCAGAGACGGAGUCACCGUCGUUUGUGUGUCUCGCUCGUUUUGCCAGCUCCACCUACAGGGUACUCGUAUAUUGCAGCAUUCGGACGCGCACAAACAACAAUUCAAAUGAAUGCAAAUAACGCGUGGCAGCCAUUUUAAACAUGUGUCCUUGUCGUUAAACAGCAACUGUAUCACGGCCCUUAGACCCACUCCCAUGUAUUUUGGAUAGGGAUGCACCGAUUUGAAGUUGUUGGGCCAAUAUUAAUGUCACUGUUAAACAGACAGUGUGUAAUUUUAACCAUUAAUCUCUGGAAAUAUUCAUCGAAAUGUUGUAGUAAUUAAAUUAAAAUGUGCCCAGUUAUUGAAAAAUGUAUAAGACAUAACCAUAAAAAUCUGGUCUAAAGUACAUGGAGCUGGUCUAAGUCUCUGGGCGACGCCAUAUUGGGUGCCAUGUUUCUUUCUACGGAAGUCUGUGAGGACAAAACACCUUUACUGAUUUGUAACACAUGGUUACAAAACUUUCACAAUUAAUAAACAUUGUAGUUUUGCACGUUUACCUCUUCACUCGUUGCCGGUGAUGAAAGACAAUCUGAUGUUCUUGUUAUUUUGAUGGAGGUUGCUCUCCCAGGGAUGUUUGACCCUAAUGGCCAUGUGUUGGUAAGGUCUUAUUUGAACACAAAAAUAAUGCUUGCUUGCCGUGAUUUAGGUGUACUCCCCCAAUCUCCAAGGAAACUACACGCUGUCACUUUAAGGCCAAUAACCGAUGUUUGCCGAUACCGAUUUAUGCUUCUGAAAUUAGCAAACUUUGGAUAGACUAAAAUUAUGCAAACAGAAUUUUUGAAUGUUUUGCUAUUUUUCUAUAAAGUGGAAUUUGCAAUAUGUUAUUUACACACACACACACACACACACACAUUUUCGCUUCUGAGAUGAUUACCAUCACUGUCACAGGACUAAACAAUUACACAUCAUCACCCCCUUACCCUAUGAAAGAGAUACACAAACAGAAACAAGAUGGAAAAAUUAUCGGUUGUUAAUAUCGGCUCAGUUUUACUUUUCGGACCGAUGCAGAUAUGUUCAAAAAUGACUAACAUACCAAUAUUGAUGCCGAUAUAUCGUUCAUUCCUAAUUUCUGACCCGAUUUGUAUUGUUAUGUGUUACAAAACUGCCAGUAUUUUUCAACAACUGGGAAUCAUUUAAUUGAUUUUCAACAACAUUCCGACGGAUGUUUCCAGAGAUUAACAGUAAAAACGAAACAUCGUCUCUUUAAAGUAAAACGUUUGUGAGUUUUUGCUCCUUAAAUUAAAAAGUAAAUCUCCACUGGUUUGUUUCUGUUACUUUGUGGGUCCUGAUAAAUGUCAACAUCACUCUGGAGGUCUUGUGACCUUUUUUGUUAAUUAUAUAAAAGAUUUCCAGCGCUGCGUCGGUUCCCAUUCGCUCUCAGAAGGUCGGGGUUUAAUUAGAGCGACGUGCCGGCGGGAUGUGGUAUCUCUGGAUUCUUCAGCCUUCUCUUUUUUAUCUCCCGUCUUUCCGACAUGCAAUGUCUCUCCUGGGUGUUUGUGUUGACGGGGUCAUCUUAGUCAUCUUUUCCUGCAUUUUUCUAACGGCGGGUCAGUUCAUCACCUCUCUGCCUUCCUUUGUUUUGGAGGCAGGAGGAAUUAAAGGAAGCAGCCCGCUCUCGUGUGCACCUUCCAGCAGAAGUGUUUGUUUUUUACUCGCGUGUGGAUCGCCUCGCACGCCUCGUGUUGGAUAACAGAGCACGUUUAAUGAUUUCAUUACAACCGGAAAGGCUCAAUUAGGAGAUUUAGUCGGUGUGGGCGGGUGGAAGGGGAAGAAUGGCAGGAUGAAGCUGGAAUUUGGGAUUCAAGGUGUUUUAGGCCUGGAGGGGAAACACUUCUCCCCUCUUCACUGAUAAUCUCCUUUUUCCCCUGGCAUCCUCUUUAAGGGUGUCUCUUCAAAGCGUGUCAAACAAUGGGCCUUUAUAUCAUCUGAUAGGAGGAGCUCCGUUAGUUACAACACAAUAGGGAGAAGCUGAUGAAGACAAGGUGUGAUUUAUUAACGAGCUUUUAGUGAAACUGUUGUGAUUUCUCUUAACGGGUCUCCACUGAACGUGAGCUUUUUAUGACACCUUGAAAUUCUUCUCUGCUGACUUUGUGCCUCAAAUAAACAAAUAAACAAACAAACAAACAGUAAUAAGACCAGAUUCAGGUUGCAGCUGUUCCUGGUGGUUAAGAGCAACCUAAACUUUCUGUUUCAGUCUAAUCAGAGUUGGACUGUUUUAGCUUCAACAGACAUUUCUGGAGCUGGAGACGUGGUGGAGACACUGGGAUUGGACCAGCAACUCUCAUCUUUCUUGCUCCAAAGCCAGCAAAGACGCUGCAUUCAGUGUUCUAUGAAAUACGGUGGAGACCCAGAGCACCAGUUCAGAGGAGAUGGUGCCCAGCUCUCCCUCUCCUCCUCCCCCUCCGCGGGUCUACAAGCCAUGCUUCGUGUGCCAGGACAAGUCAUCUGGUUAUCACUACGGAGUGAGCUCCUGUGAGGGCUGCAAGGGGUUUUUCCGACGCAGCAUCCAGAAGAACAUGGUGUACACCUGCCACAGAGACAAGAACUGUCAGAUUAACAAAGUGACGCGGAACCGCUGCCAGUACUGCCGGCUGCAGAAGUGCUUUGAGGUUGGCAUGUCCAAAGAAGCGGUGCGUAACGACAGGAACAAGAAGAAGAAGGAUGUUAAGGAGGAGGUGGUUCUCCCGGAGAACUACGAGCUCAGCGGAGAGCUGGAGGAACUGGUGAACAAAGUCAGCAAAGCUCACCAGGAGACCUUCCCGUCUCUGUGCCAGCUAGGAAAAUACACCACGAACUCCAGCGCUGACCACCGGGUGCAGCUGGACUUGGGCCUGUGGGACAAGUUCAGUGAGCUUUCCACUAAGUGCAUUAUAAAGAUUGUGGAGUUUGCCAAGCGGCUACCAGGCUUCACCACGCUCACCAUCGCUGACCAGAUCACCCUCCUCAAAUCUGCAUGUCUGGACAUUCUGAUGCUGAGGAUAUGCACCCGCUACACUCCGGAACAGGACACCAUGACGUUCUCCGAUGGGCUGACCCUCAACAGGACCCAGAUGCACAACGCUGGCUUCGGCCCUCUCACGGAUCUGGUGUUCGCCUUCGCCGGUCAGCUCCUGCCUCUGGAGAUGGAUGACACAGAGACGGGGCUCCUCAGUGCCAUCUGUCUGAUCUGUGGAGACCGAAUGGACUUAGAGGAACCAGAGAAGGUGGACAAGCUCCAGGAGCCGCUGCUGGAGGCUCUGAAGAUCUACACCCGCCGCAGACGCCCAAACAAGCCUCACAUGUUCCCACGCAUGCUGAUGAAGGUCACCGACCUCCGAGGAAUCAGCACCAAGGGUGCAGAAAGAGCCAUCACCCUGAAGAUGGAGAUCCCCGGCCCCAUGCCUCCUCUGAUCAGGGAGAUGCUGGAGAACCCGGACGUGUUUGAGGACAGCAGCGACUCCAGCGACAGCGCCACGGCGGCUCCGCCCGCCGUUCAGGACAUCAAGCAGGAGGACAAGUCCACGUACGAGUCGGCCUUCGAGGAGGAGGAGGAGGAAGAGGAAGACGACUACUGGGAAGAGGAGAAGGAGUGGGGAGCGGACAGUGAUGGCGAGCCGUGGGGGGAGGCGUCAGCAGCGACCACACAAAAGAAAGCAGGGAAAACGCAGUGAGUUGCGUCUCUCUGAGCCUCAGCGUCUGGUGGCAGAAUCGUCCCUGCAGAUGUGUCUAAUCCCUAAUCUGUAUGCUGACGAUGGCGGGUUGAAUUCAGAAUAGGAAACUGAAGAAGAUGAAGCACUACAUCCAGUGGCUCCACGAGGGCCCCGAUAACAAAGUCAGUGUGUGUGUCUGACCAUUAAAGGGCUAUGCUUUGUAUAAAAUUGAUGGUAAAAAUAUGACUGAACUCUACGUGGCGUUCACGUGCUGCCCCAAAAAAAAGUCUUCUCAGAACGACCUGUAUUACUUCUCAGAGACGUGCAACUAUUUUUUCAGUGUUUUUUCUAAACGUGUAACACUUUUCUCUUUCUGCCUCCGUGGACCUUCUCGUUUCGUUUAUCUUCCACCUGGUUUCUGACUUUUCUGCUUCAUCGAACAAGUUCAUCAACAACAGCGGGACAAACAGACGGGAGGUCAUGAGCAGGACUCCACAAAGUCAGUCUGUCAGUCUUCAGCUGCUGCUCGAGAGCCAAAGAAAACCCAACAAAUCUGCACCUCUUGGCCAAAAUACUCAUGCAGAGCAACACCUACCUGCUAAAAACCUGCAAGAGUGGAUUUAUGAUCAUCGCUCGUACUCUCACGUAUCUGUUCGACAUUUUCUCCCAGAAUAAAAACUCUGAGCUUCUCUCACAACAGAGAAGAAAUUAUUUAAGGCUGCAGCUCCAAACCUGGCAGAAAAUCAGAAUAAUAAUAAAUAAAGGAUCCUAAAAAGAGUGCAUGAAUAUUUGAACCUUUUCAAUAAAAACUCAGGUGUGUGUGUGUGUGCAAAGCAUGCCGCAGCAUCUGUUAAACAGUGUUUUUUUAAAUAAAGAAAACAGAGUUUUAGCACAUUUCUCCUCUUGAUGAACUCAGAACGUGGAGCUUCAGAAAAACAGAUGUUUGUAACAUUUCUCUACUUCUGGUAUUAAUGCUAUGGACAUUUUUAUAAAUCUCAUUUGGUUUCCAUGAUGGACUUGAAUGAAUGUGCUUCGUUACAUCACCUGUUCACAACUACAGUUUAAAACUAAAGAUGUGGAACAUUUGAACAUUAGGAAGUCAUUUGAAGGGACAUAAAACAGAGGUUUUCGUUUUAUUUAAAAAAAUGAUUACAGGAGAUAAACUGAUAAAUAUCAAUCCAUGUUGUCAUCACUCUUAAUUAAAAGGCCUGUCAGUUUGGUUGUGGGUCCGCAGAUCCCAGCGUGUGAGCUCAGUGAGCGGUGCUGUAACAAAACUAGAGAUUAUAUCGUUUUUAUAGAAAGAUUACACAAAAACAAGCUUGAACACGUAAAAUAUGUCUAGUUUAAAAUCAUUUUUGGGUCAAGUCUGCGUUUUACUUUCAUCCAACCCAAAAAGUUUUAGUUUUUGUGGAACUUAAAAGUCUCAGCCUUCGUCUGUCUCACUUGUAAUUUUCAGCUCUUUUCUGCUCUUAAUGUCAAAUAUUUAGCGAAGUUUCGACAUCACACAAUAAUCAGGAUAUUUGUAAUGAAUCUGUUUGUUUUUCUGAACUUGACUUGGUGCAAUAAAUGAAUCAGCCAUUAAAAGAGGUCGCCGAGGCCUCUGCUCUUUACACGUGAACAUAAAAAAUACAUAAUUAAAAGACCAAAGACAGAGUCUGACGCUGAGGAGCUCCUGAUUUAUGAUCCAUUUUUCUUUAUAUUUUGCUGGAUUAUUUUUUUUGUGUGUGUUAAAAUGAUGAAGCAGAACUUUAUUUUUUUUUCUCCACUUUUUACUGCAAACACUUUGUCUCCAUGUUCAGGGAUGUCUUCAUAGAUCCUCUAAUAAAACACCUUUGAUGCUCUCGGCUGCACAAAGAAGCUGGGUCCACGUGUUCUGGUUACAUUUUUAUAAGAAGCUAAAAGGACGUUUGCUUUUUUACCGUUUGCUUUUAUGUUUUGUUGUUGGUUCUUGUAUUUUGAUAAAAGCUCUUUUUGUUCUCAGA